AUGGAUGAACCAGUCGUCCGCUACGAGCUGCAGCCAGUUCAGUUCAGAGACAAUGUACAGGACCAGGGGGAUGACGACCAAACCACUGCGCUGCGAGGAUUCUCUUUGCCCCCAGUAGACAAGGGCAAGGAUGCAUGGUUAUGUCUAGUGGGGGCUUGCCUCCUGGAGAUGACGGUCUGGGGAUUCCCCUUUUCAUUUGGUGUGUUCCAAGAUUAUUAUACCACCACUGAACCAUUUGCUCAAUAUGCAUCUCGCGUGUCCCUGGUAGGAUCGUGCUCUAUGGGAAUCCUGUAUCUUGCUUCACCUUUUAGCCUUUUUAUACUGCAGCGCUGGCCAGGUCUUUGCCGUAUAAGCAGUGUGGCCGGUCUAGUGAUUGCAGUUGUUGGCAUCCUAUCAUCCGCGUUCGCCACCACGGUGUGGCAGUUAUUGGCGACCCAGGGGAUUAUUUACCCGAUUGGUGCAUGCACACUAUAUUACCCCGUCCUGAUAUAUAUAGACGAAUGGUUUGUGCGCCGAAAAGGUCUCGCAUAUGGGAUAUGCUGGGCCGGAAGCGGUCUUGCAGGGAUCAUAUUCCCAUUUAUUGUCAGUGCCGCACUUUCUCGAUACUCUUACCGGACUACUGUUUGCGCCUGGGCCGUGAUCAUGGUUCUUCUAGUGUGCCCCUUCCUGCCAUUUGUGAAGCCGAGAACUCCUGUUUCCGCUGCACAAGUUCCACGACCGCAAAUAAUAAGCUUUCAAUUCAUGUGGUCGCGACCUUUCCUUAUCUUCCAGCUUGGUAGCAUUGUACAAAGUCUGGGAUAUUUUGCCCCGACCUUAUAUCUUCCCACCUAUUCACGCCUCGUGGUCGGGGAAUCCGGAUUCGGCAUCACUGCUCCCCUAACACUCAUGAACGCGGGCACAACAAUAGGAUUCAUCUUAAUGGGCUUCCUGGUUGACCGGUGGCAUGUCGCAAACGUCAUCUUCUUAGCUACCGUCUUCACCGUCCUCGCCGUCUUCGCAAUCUGGGGCAUGUCAGUCUCGCUAUCACCCCUAUUACUGUUCGCCAUCGUAUACGGGAUCUUCGCUGGCAGUGCUAGUGCAACCUGGCCUGGGAUUGUACAAGCAGUCAAGGAGACGGAGCAAAAUGCUCCCACGGGGAUUAUUUUGGGCCUCUUGACCGCUGGCCGCGGUGUGGGCUCGAUCGCAUGUGGCCCCAUUAGCGAACUUCUGAUCAACGCGGAAUGGCCGUUUAUCGCGAAGCCCGGGUCUCUGGGGUAUGGAACAAAUUUUGGGAGUCUUAUUGUGUUUACGGGAGUUACUGCGGUCUUUGGAGCGUUGGGGUUUGUGUCGAGAAGACUGGGUGUUCUUCAUUAA